CAGCCGUGCACGGCUGACGGUUGAGCAACACACACAAGCGGCGGCGCGCCGCCCUGUCUGUAUUCGGGCACGCACACACACUGCGCUCUCCGUCCGUGACGACCAUCCGAACGAAGGCCCCCCUGUAUAGUUGAGAAAUGGCUGUCGCCUCUGAAAGGUGACUCCGCUACUCAGUCCACGCCACCGCACUGCAGUUCACUGUGUCGCCCCAGAAACUCUCCGGACGCGAGUGCAAACAGUUCACACGACAAGGUGCACAUUGUUUCUCGCGCGAAAACCCACCGGACAACCAUUCAAGUGCGUGCACACCAACUUUUCGCCACUGUGCGUGUUCUCGCCCACUCAAGCCAUCCGGAGGUGGUAUUCCGUGGUCACUGCAAUCCCGGGCGUGGCCCCAGAACGUCAGCACAAUGAAUACGGUCGCCCUCGAGAAGCUAAAGGAGCAGCAAGCACUCUCGGUAGAGUCGCUCGCGGAUAUUUGCCGUCUCUGCCUGCGCAGCGACAGCGUCCGCUUUGACAUCUUCAACAAUGAGGAGGACUACAAAGUGCCGCUGAGUCAGAGAAUCUACGAUUUCUACAGGAUAAAGGUUUCAAAAACUGACCGCUUGCCAACGAAGAUUUGCCACCACUGCUUGUUCCAGACGGAAGUGCACACGGAGUUCCGAGAAGGAGUUAUGCAGAAUGAGAAGAGACUGCGGCAAUUCACGGCGACUGUGUGGCCAGAGAGUGUAACUGAGCUUGCCGCACAGGAGAGCGAAAUUCAGGAGAAUGGCUCUCCGGAGGAGGAUGAAGUGGAUGAGGAGCGUGUGGCUCAGCCAAGGAGAGAAGUGCAAACGCAGGACGUGAAGGGACUGGAGUGCUUUCCGGACGAGAACAGUCUGGUGACUGUGGUGGAUCCCAACAAAGACUACAGCAGUUCGGAGGAUGAGGAGAGCGAGACUGAGGAGCAGGAGCCAACAGAGGUGGAGCCGGAAAUCGAUCAGGACAGCAUGGAGAUGGCUGCAAACAUGCAAAAUGUCUCGGAGGCACUGAAGAAUAUCUUCAUGUGCAAAUUCUGCGACACAGCCUUCAGCUCGGCGGCUCUGUGCGAAGAGCACGAGGCGAAAUCCCAUCGGCCAGACGCUCCGUAUGGAUGCAAUUUCUGUGAUUUUAGCUGCACCUUCCGCACAUCGCUCAUCCUCCACAUCAGGGAUUGCCAUCGCACGGAGAAGCCCUACAUCUGCUCCACGUGCAACAAGGGCUUCGGUCGGCGGUCGGACUUGAAGAAGCACACCAUUGUGCACACGGGCGUGCGCCCGUUCUCCUGUCCCGUGUGCAACAAAAAUUUCUCCCGGAACACCAACCUGACGAAGCACCUGCGCAUCCACAGCGGUCUGAAACCGCACGUGUGCUCGCGCUGUCCGCGCUCCUUCACCACUCACACGGAUCUCAUGCGACAUCAGCAGGUUCAUUCGGGCGUGCGCCCCUUCCGCUGCUCCAAAUGUCCGGCCACCUUCACGCGGCGCGACAAGAUGCUUCACCAUGAACGAGUGCAUCUGCGGAAGAGCGGCCAAAUUCCGCACACCACCGGGGAUUCUGGUCUGGACCCCGAGAGCAUGGUGAUCUCGCUGGAUCCCUUCGCAAAUAUGAACCCUCAGUUGACGGUGGAGCCGGAAACUGUGGGCGAGGACCACCUGCCGCGCUUCUCUGUGCCAGAUCACAUCCAGAACCUCGAUCUCAUGUUCCCAGAGACGUCCAACACCAGCGACGUGGUAUCCUACGGAGAUCUCAAUGGGUCGGCUGGCGACAAGCGCGUGUGGGUGUGCACCAAGUGCCCCAAGAAGUUCAUCAACAAGUCCUCCUUCAGGGAGCACAUGAACAAGCACACGGGCAUCCGCUGCCACGUGUGCAGCAUCUGCUCCAAGGCGUUCUCGCGGAAGCGCGAACUGGACCGCCACAGUAUUGUGCACACGGGUUUCAAGCCUUUCGAGUGUCUCACGUGCCACAAGCGCUUCGGCAGGAAGGACAAGCUGGUGCGCCACGAGAGAAUCCACAUGGAGGGAAAGCUGUUCGCCUGUGCCGUGUGCGAAGCCGCCUUCACCCGAAAGGACUCCCUGAUCCUGCAUCAGAAGAUCCACGGGAAGCUGGGCCUCAGUGACGAGGUUCCCGGGAGCUUAAUGGUUCCGGAUAUGGCGCAGGACUUCCACACGGCCGGCGUGCUGAGGCAGAUUCCGGAGUUCAUCCCACCCAUGCCGUGGAGUCAGGAGAUGGAGCCCAAAGAUUGUGGCUUUUUUCAGGAAAUGCAGCACUGAAUGCAUUGCAUUAGUGAUAGAUUUGACAAAUCUAUCAAGCUUCCCAUUUCACCAAGGAAUUGUA